AGUCCAAGCCAACUCGCCACAACACCAUUACACCAAGGCUAAGUUAACAAGCCUGAAACUCGCACAAGAAAGAAUCGAGCAUAUACAUAUACUUAUAUAUAUAAUAUAGCAGUGCGUUGUACUAUAGUGUAGUAGCCAUGAUGACGAGAAAGGUGACCAUGGACAGCAGGGAGCCUGAGGAGAUCAAGAGGAGGAACGCCGAGCUCGAGAGGGCAGCGGCGGAGGCGGCGGCAAGGGAGGAGAGGCUGAGGCGGGAGCUGGAGGCGGCCUUGGCGCGGCUGGCCGUGGCCGAGGAGGGCGAGGAGCGGCUGUGCGUGCAGCUCGGCGAGCUGGAGGCCGAGGCCGUGGCGCAGGCCGUCGAGUACCAGGAGCAGAUCAGGGCGCUCUCCGAGCGGCUCGCGUUCGCCGACGGCGCGCUCAGGUCGUCCGGGCAACGGAGCGUCGCCGCCGGCGUCGCGGGCAUGGAUUGAUCCAAGUGGUACCAUGUUAUUUAUCAUCUACGACAAGCUUCAUUCCUUUGGUGGCUUGCGAUCGAGGAUGGUUUUUAUGCUUAUGAUCCGUGUAAAUUUGUACAUGUAUUGUUUUUUCUAAUCACGUUGAUUUGCGCGUGGCGUGUGUAGAUCGUGAACUUGUACAUUAGCUUCAGAUGCUACGAUCCUUUUAGUUUGCUGGUUUCAGUUUAAUAAAAUGUGACCAGGAACUUUACCCUCUGUUUC